AUGACGAAGAGGAAACGUUCUCAGCUAACCAGAUCCAAGGCCGUUUGGCAUCGCGAAGAUGAAUGGGCACUCCUUGGGUUAUUAGAUUUCUGCAUCAAACACAAAAGCAUUUUUCCUUUCGAAGAACCGUUCGUAGUUGGCCACAUUCAUUCAAAGGAUAUGCCAGGUGAGCUAUACAACUGGAAGCAAAUAAUCAGCGAACUCUGUAACCAUCUAUGGCGAAAAUACGGCAAGGAGGAUUCCCCAAACAAGGAAGAGAUACUCAAGAACGGAUCAGCCGAGCUUGUGAUUCCUCAUCAAGAGAGGAUCCAUAUCAAAUCUCAGUUGGAGAAAUUAGAGAAAGAAUUGAAACCGGUAGCUGUGAUCCCUUACGCACUCUCAUUUGAAUAUUGAUGAAUUAACUUUUAUCAGCCCAGGGUUCAGGAAUUGCGCGAGAUUCCAGGCACUCGAGAGGCUACUUCAUUAAGUCCCUCUCAAAUUGAAGACUGCCAUGGUCUCUCCGAUGCUGCUUCUAUCCAAAGCCCAAGAGCCUCGGAGCUUUCAACAUUAGUAUCACUGAAAGCUCAGGCUCUUUCCGACCGUUCUCUCAAAGCAGAAUCCGCAAGGAAUAAACGAGCACCCAUUCAGCUCAUCGAAGAAGAAGAACAAUGGUUGUUCAAUUGUCCAUGUGGUGCUUGUGGACAGGUUGAUAAUGGCACACAUAGCAUUGCAUGUGAUAGGUGCAACACAUGGCAGCAUAGUAAAUGCGUAAGAGUCAGCCACACAGACGCAGACCGGGAAGGGUUUUCUUUCGUCUGCAAGACAUGUAAGCCUUUCGCAGCGGAUGAAGAUCAAGCCGAAAGUCGAGAAAGAGUCAUAUAUCGACAGCUUCCAGUUACUUCGAGGGACAGAGCCGAGACGGACAAGCAUAUUCUAAAUGAAGACGCUGAAUAUGGGCCUUCAAAGAAGCAACCCGAACGUGCUAAGAAAACUGUAAGUACCAUCCUCCCUUGUGGAUAUUGUGGGACACUACAAAUUGAUUAAUUCAUGUCAAUAGUACUAG